GUCUAACCCUUUCCUGCUCCCCAGUUGUCCUUGUAGGGGCAGGAUAGGGUCCAUCCUCCUUCUCAUUCAUUUCAGAGGAGGAAGCUGAGAUCUGUUAGGGGAUGGGAUUUUCCCAGGGUGCCCUGUGAGUCACAUGCCAGCUGGGACAGGAGUCUAGGGCUCUGGUAUUUUCCAAGCUUUUAGCUAGAAAUGGACCUGCUGCUUCGAAGUGGUCUAGGCCAACUUUCUAAGUAAGAACUCCUGAAAAAAAACUUGGGUUCAGAAAGAGAAAAGAAAAAGGGCAAAUGUGCUCCAGGGGUUUGCAUUUUUAUACCCAGGCUAUUUUGCUCUGUCCCAGGUGAGGUCCUCUCUGGGGAUCACCCCAUUGGCUGAAGAUGAGACCAAUCCUCCUCCUGUGUUUUACCUUGCCUGGCCUCCUGUGUGCCCAGCAAGCCUGCUCCCGUGGGGCCUGCUAUCCACCUGUUGGGGACCUGCUCAUUGGGAGGACCCAGUUUCUUCGAGCUUCAUCUACCUGUGGACUGACCAAGCCUGAAACCUACUGCACUCAGUAUGGUGAGUGGCAGAUGAAAUGCUGCAAGUGUGAUUCUAGGCUGCCUCACAACUACAACAGUCACCGAGUGGAGAAUGUGGCUUCAUCCUCUGGCCCCACACGUUGGUGGCAGUCACAGAAUGAUGUGAGCCCCGUUUCUCUGCAGCUGGACCUGGACAGGAGAUUCCAGCUUCAAGACAUCAUGAUGGAGUUUAAGGGGCCCAUGCCCGCUGGCAUGCUGAUCGAGCGCUCCUCGGACUUCGGCAAGACAUGGCGGGUGUACCAGUACCUGGCUGCCGACUGCACCUCCACCUUCCCCAGGAUCCGCCAGGGCCAGCCUCAGAGCUGGCAAGAUGUUCGGUGCCAGACACUGCCCCAGAGGCCUAAUGGGCACCUAAAUGGAGGGAAGGUUCGACUUAAUCUUAUGGAGUUAGCAUCUGGAAUUCCUGCAACUCAAGGUCAAAAAAUUCAAGAGUUGGGGGAGAUCACGAACUUGAGAGUCAACUUCACCAGGCUGGCUCCUGUGCCCCAGAGGGGCUACCACCCCCCCAGUGCCUACUAUGCAGUGUCUCAGCUGCGUCUGCAGGGGAGCUGCUUUUGUCACGGCCAUGCUGACCGCUGUACCCCCAAGCCCGGAGGCCCUGGAGGCCCUUCCACCGCUGUGCAGGUCCAAGAUGUCUGCGUCUGUCAGCACAACACUGCUGGCCCCAACUGUGAACGCUGCGCACCCUUCUACAACAACCGGCCCUGGAGACCUGCAGAGGGCCAGGACCCCCAUGAAUGCCAAAGGUGCGACUGCAAUGGGCACUCGGAGACAUGUCACUUUGACCCAGCUGUGUUUGCCGCCAGCCAGGGGGCACAUGGAGGUGUGUGUGACAGCUGCCGGGACCACACCGAAGGCAAGAACUGUGAGCGGUGUCAGCUGCACUAUUUCCGGAACCGGCACCCAGGUGCUCCAAUUCAGGAGACCUGCAUACCCUGCGAGUGUGAUCCGGAUGGGGCAGUGCCAGGGGCUCCCUGCGACCCUGUGACUGGGCAGUGCGUGUGCAAGGAGCAUGUGCAAGGAGAGCGCUGUGACCUGUGCAAGCCCGGCUUCACUGGCCUCACCUACUCCAACCCGCAGGGCUGCCACCGCUGUGAUUGCAAUGCCCUGGGGGCCCGGCGGGACAUGCCGUGUGAUGAGGAGAGUGGGCGCUGCCUGUGUCUGCCCAACGUGGUGGGCCCCAAGUGUGACCAGUGUGCUCCCUACCAUUGGAAGCUGGCCAGUGGCCAGGGCUGUGAACCAUGCGCCUGUGACCUGUACAACUCCCUCAGCCCCCAGUGCAACCAGCUCACAGGGCAGUGCCCCUGUCGGGAAGGGUUUGAUGGCCUGACCUGCAAUGCUGCAGCUCUUCGCCAGUGUCCGGACCGGACCCAUGGAGACAUGGCUACGGGAUGCCGAGCCUGCGACUGUGACUUCCGGGGAACUGAGGGCCCGGGCUGUGACAAAGCCUCAGGCCGCUGCCUUUGCCGCCCUGGCCUGACUGGGCCCCGCUGUGACCAGUGCCGGCGAGGCUACUGUGACCGCUACCCAGUGUGCGUGGCCUGCCACCCUUGCUUCCAGACCUAUGAUGCAGACCUCCGGGAGAAUGCCGGGCGCCUCAGCAGCCUCCGCAACGCCACCGCCAGCCUGUUGUCAGGGCCAGGGCUAGAGGACCGUGGCCUGGCCUCUCGGAUCCUAGGCGCAAAGAGGAAGAUGGAGCAGAUCCAAGCAAUUCUCGGCAGCCCCUCGGUCACAGAGCAGGAGGUGGCCCAGGUGGCCAAUGCCAUCUUCUCCAUCAGGCGAAUGCUCCAGGGUCUGCAGCCAGACCUGCCCCUGGAGGAGGAGAUGUUGUCCCUCCCGGGAGACCUGGAAAGUCUGGACAGAAGCUUCAACCGCCUCCUCCUUAUGUAUCAGAGCAAGAGGGAGCAGUCUGAAAAAAUAAGCAGUGCUGAUCCUUCAGGAGCCUUCCGGAUGCUGACUGCAGCCCACAAGCGGUCAUCCCAGGCUGCUCAGCGGGUGUCCGACAGCUCCCGCUUGCUGCUCCAGCUCAGAGAUAGCCGGAGAGAGGCAGAGGGGCUGGGGCAGCAGGCCGGAGGAGGAGGAGGUGCCAGUAGCCCCCAGCUCACAGCCCUGCGACUGGAGAUGGCUUCCUUACCUGACCUGACACCCACCUUCAACAAGCUCUGUGGCAGCUCCAGGCAGAUGGCCUGCAUCCCAGGAGCAUGUCCUGGCGAGCUGUGCCCCCGAGACAAUGGCACGGUCUGUGGCUCCCACUGCAAGGGUAUCGCGGCUGGUGGGGCCUGGCGGAAGGCAGGCCAAGUGGCUCAGCAGCUGCGAGGCUUCAAUGCCCAGCUCCAGCAGACCAGAGAGAUGAUUAGGGCAGCCGAGAAAGCUGCCUCGCAGGUCCAAUCGGAUGCCCAGCGCCUGGAGACCCAGGUGAGCAAUAGCCGCUCCCAGAUGGAAGAAGACAUCAGACGCACGCGGCUCCUCAUCCAGCAGGUUCGGGAUUUCCUCACCGACCCCGACACAGAUGCAGCCACCAUCCAGGAGGUCAGCGAGGCCGUGCUGGCCCUGUGGCUGCCCACAGACUCGUCUAUAGUCCUGCAGAAGAUGGAUGAGAUCCAGGCCAUUGCAGCCAGGCUCCCCAAUGUGGAUCUAGUUCUGUCCCAGACCAAGCAGGACAUUGCACGGGCCCGCAGGCUCCAGGCUGAGGCUGAGCAGGCCAGAAGCCGAGCCCAUGCGGUAGAGGGCCAGGUAGAAGAUGUGGUGGGGAACUUACGGCAAGGCACGGUGGCACUGCAGGAAGCUCAGGACACCAUGCAAGGCACCAGCCGCUCCCUCCGGCUUAUCCAGGACAGGGUUGCUGAGGUUCAGCAGGUACUGGGGCCAGCGGAAAGGCUGGUGAUGGGCAUGACGGAACAACUGGAUGACUUCUGGGCACGGAUGGAGGAGCUCCGCCGCCAGGCUCAGCAGCAGCGGGCACAGGCAAUCCGGGCUCAGCAGCUCGCAGAAGGCGCCAGCGAGCAGGCACUGAGUGCCCAGGAGGGAUUUGAGAGAAUGAAGCAAAAGUAUGCUGAGUUGAAGGACCGGUUGGGUCGGAGUCCCAUGCUGGGUGAACAGGGCAGCCGGAUCCUAAGUGUCAAGACAGAGGCAGAGGAGCUGUUUGGAGAGACCAUGGAGAUGAUGGACAGGAUGAAAGAUAUGGAAUCAGAGUUGCUCCAGGGCAGCCAGGCCAUCAUGCUGCGCUCAGCGGACCUGACAGGGCUGGAGAAGCGCGUGGAACAGAUCAGAGAUCACAUCAAUGGACGCGUGCUCUACUAUGCCACCUGCAAGUGAUACUCCAGGUCCCAACUCCAGCCUCACUCAUGUGCCCCCUCUGCCUUUUGGUGGGAAGGUCGCAGAUUGAGCUGGAAUGUUUUCCAGCUCCAGGAGACUUUGAUGGGGCCUAAGGCACAGCCUGGACCACCCAUGGUGUGCAGCUAUUAAGAUUACCCUGGGCUGCUGCUGAGUCUGAGCUGAUAAAACAGCUGUGUUUGAGGGACAGAGAUGGUGGAGGCUGGAACAGCAUCAUGACUAGGAGCUCUCAAGCCAAGGGAGCUGAGCUGGGCAGUGUCCUUGCCUUUUGCUCUCUGUUGUAGCUGAAUCCUGGACCAACACAAAAACUUAAAAAAUGAUGUACAAAUGAGAAGUCCAAUAAAAUUUUUUGGAAAGGAGCGUGGAGGUUCAAAAACAGAAAA